AUGUCCAUCCCCUUCCCCUAUGCCGGCUACUCCGAGGACGUCGCCCGCCGUGUCCGCGUCGUCUUCAACGGCGAGAUGAUCGUCGACUCCCACACCCCCAAACUCGUCUGGGAACACCCCUACUACCCGGUGUACUACUUCCCCAUCAAGGACAUCACCAUCAGCUAUGACUGUCUGCAGAAUGAAACCAUCGCUUCCGACGGAGACGAGGCCAUCUACGACCUCGUCAUCGGCCACCGCACCUCGCCCGCCGCCGUCACCCGCGUCUUGAAAGCUGGCCCGCUCAUGGACCACUACAAGAUCGGGUUCGACAAGGCGGAUCUCUGGCUGGAGGAGGACGAGCGUAUGCUCGGCCAUCCGCGGGAUCCGUACAAGCGGAUUCAGAUCCUGCAGUCGUCGAAGCAUGUGCGGGUCGAGAUUGAUGGCGUCGUGGUGGCGGAUACCACCCGGCCGAAGCUGUUGUAUGAGACCGGGUUGCCGGUGCGGAAGUAUAUCCCGUUUGCGGAUGUGAAGUGGGAGUUGUUGAGGGAUGAUGUUGGGCGAAGCACGAGCUGUCCGUAUAAGGGCGAUGCCAGCUACUAUAUUGUUCGACUGCCGAGUGGCGAGAAGACCGGGCUGGCGUGGUGGUACAAGACACCGCUGCCGGAGAGCACCGAGAUCAGAGGACAUGUCGCGUUCUAUGAUGAAAAGGUCGAUGUGUGGGUUGAUGGGAAGAAGCAGGAGAAACCAGCUACAAAGUUCUCCUAG